CAUAGGUGUGUCUCACUAUACCGUACCGUAAUACGAGCAUCACUUUUCUACAUUGUCCAUCUGACCCAGUGUCCUGCCAUUUCUCAAGUUCCCCUUGUUUCUCGUGUAAAUCUCUCGCUGAGCUUUAAUGCAGUCAGUCCGUGAUUCUCAUUCGACACGAACCCGAUAGAGCUGAAGUGAGCAAGACUGGAAGCUGAAGGAGAGAGAGAGAAAGAGAGAGAGACACACAUCAAGAUGCUGGAAUUGAUCAGAGGAUCGAGAUUAUCGUGUGCGGGAUUAAAUGCGUGAUUUCCACCCAUGCAAGGACGUUUUUUCCAUCCUUUUGGGAAUCGGUGAAUAUUCGCUGUGUUUUGUGGAGGUUUUGCGCGCUGGCGUCAGUGUCCGCAUCUUUUACUCAUUCGGACCGUUUUUAUUCCCGUUCCCUCGGAUUUAACGUUUUUUCCACCUUUUUUGCUAAUCUAAAGGUGGCUCAAUCUGACUGGAAUUAAAUCAGGAUAUACUCGUGUUUCUAAAACAUGGCAGGCACCGUCUCUGUCAACACGAGGGCCGACGCUCCGACAGACAAACCAGCCCAACAUCAGCCACGGAAGGAGCUCGCCUGAAGAGGAUCCGUGCCGCGUUUGCUCUCGCUUUGGAUUAACAGAUCUGCACUUGCACAUUUGUGAGGAUUACGCCUUUGCUUCCUACUGCUUUCACCAUGUUUUGUCUCAGAAUGAUCCUUCAGAUCGUGUCUGUGGUUUGGGGAGUUACGCUCGUCAUUUGUCAGCAAGCACAAUUCACCACCGUCACCACAAACUACGGGAAGCUGCGUGGAUUGAGGGUGGCGCUGCCCAGUGAGAUCUUGGGCCCCGUGGAGCAGUAUCUGGGCGUCCCGUAUGCGAUGCCCCCUACCGGAGAGCGCCGCUUUCAGGCACCGGAGCCGCCCGCGUCCUGGCCCGGCAUCAGGAACGCCACGCAGUUCGCUCCGGUGUGUCCGCAGUAUCUGGAGGACCGGCUGCUGCUCACCGACAUGUUACCGGUGUGGUUUACCGCAAACCUGGACACGGUCGCGACGUACGUGCACGAGCAGAGCGAAGAUUGUCUGUACCUGAAUGUCUACGUGCCCACAGAGGAAGAUGCGCAUGAUGACACGGGCUUGAAGCCGGUCAUGGUUUACAUUCACGGCGGCUCGUACGUCGAGGGAACGGGGAACAUGAUCGACGGCAGCAUCCUCGCCAGCUACGGCAAUGUGAUCGUCGUCACCGUUAACUACCGGUUAGGAGUGUUAGGUUUCCUCAGCACUGGUGAUCAAGCAGCCAAAGGGAAUUACGGUCUGCUGGAUCAGAUCCAGGCUCUGCGUUGGGUGAAGGAGAACAUUCAGGCUUUUAACGGCGAUCCGGAGCGAGUGACCAUCUUCGGCUCCGGAGCAGGAGCUUCCUGCGUCAGUCUGCUGACCCUCUCACACUACUCUGAAGAUCUAUUUCAGAAGGCGAUCAUUCAAAGCGGGACGGCCCUCUCCAGCUGGGCCGUCAACUACCAGCCGGCCAAAUACACGCGCAUGCUGGCCGAGAAGGUGGGCUGCAAUGAAGACGACACAGUUGAGCUGAUUGAGUGCCUCCAAAAUAAAAACUACAAGGAGCUGAUCGAGCAGAACAUCACCCCCGCCAAAUACCACAUCGCCUUCGGACCCGUGAUCGACGGAGACGUCAUUCCGGAUGACCCGCAGAUCCUCAUGGAGCAGGGCGAGUUCCUGAACUACGAUAUAAUGCUGGGAGUCAACCAGGGCGAAGGGUACAAGUUUGUGGACGGGAUCCUGGACAGCGAGGACAGAGUAACGAGCAACGACUUCGAGUUUGCCAUAUCAGAAUUCGUCGACCACUUGUACGGCUACCCGGAAGGAAAAGACACCCUGCGGGAAACCAUAAAGUUCAUGUACACCGACUGGGCGGACAGGGAAAACCCGGAGAUGCGGCGGAAAACGCUGGUCGCUCUUUUCACAGAUCACCAGUGGGUGGCGCCGGCCGUGGCCACAGCGGACCUGCACGCACAGUACGGAUCGCCCACGUACUUUUAUGCCUUUUAUCACCACUGCCAGAGCGACAUGAAGCCCGCCUGGGCCGAUUCGGCACACGGAGACGAGCUUCCGUACGUUUUUGGCAUUCCCAUGAUCGGCCCUACGGAUCUCUUCAACUGCAACUUCUCCAAGAAUGACAUUAUGUUGAGCGCUGUGGUCAUGACGUACUGGACCAACUUUGCCAAAACUGGAGACCCAAAUCAGCCGGUUCCUCAAGACACAAAGUUCAUCCACACUAAACCGAAUCGCUUUGAGGAGGUGGCCUGGUCUAAGUACAACCCUAAAGACCAGCUGUACCUGCACAUCGGCCUGAAGCCUCGUGUCCGCGACCACUACAGAGCCACCAAAAUCGCCUUCUGGUUAGAAUUAGUGCCGCACCUACACAACAUCAACGAACUCUUCCAAUACGUUUCAUCAACGACCAAAAUCCCACCGCAAGACACUACGCCGUUCUCCUACACCAAACGCCUGUCCAACAAACUCUGGCCGUCGACCACCCGCCAUCCACCUGCUCCUCCGGCCAACACCAAACAGAUGUCGGAUCAGCAGAAGACGUCCGAGCACGGUGAUGGGACGGUGAUCAUCGAAGCGCGAGAUUAUUCAACCGAGCUAAGCGUGACGAUCGCCGUUGGCGCGUCUCUGCUCUUCUUAAACAUCCUGGCAUUUGCGGCGCUCUACUACAAGAAGGACAAACACCGGCUGGAGUCGAGUCGCAGGCACAGUCCACCAAGAAAUCUUGCAAAUGACGUUCCCCGUGUGCCAAGCGAGGACCUGAUGUCCCUGCAGAUGAAGCAGCUCGACCACGAUCACGACUGCGAUUCGCUGCAGGGCCACGACAUGAUUCGGCUGACCUGUCCUCCGGAUUACGCGCUCACGUUGCGCCGCUCGCCCGACGACGUCCCGCUGAUGACGCCAAACACCAUCACCAUGAUUUCCAGCUCUUACGCUGGCAUGCAGCCGUCCUAUCACAACCCGUUCAACGCGUUUGGGAACAGCACUCCGAGCAGCACGGGCCUCCCGCACGGACACUCCACGACACGAGUAUAACUCGUCGUAAGUCGACAGACUAUUUAGAUGUGCACCCGGGUGCUCGAACACAAAUACUGAGGGUGUUAUUUUGUUACGGACUCUUUUAUGAAAUAAGUAACGUUACACUUAUUAACCUGUAUAAUGUGAUCAGUGAAUGUAAUCAUUUUUCUCAUUCAUGGUACAGCGACUGAAGCUUUCAAAAAAAAUAUGAUUACGUACAGUAAACGAAGAAAUAUUAUUUGCAUCCUGAUUUUCUGGUUAAUAUGUGAGAUAGUUUAUCACUAAACACUUACAGCACAAAGAUCUGCAAAUGUACGGUAAACACAUGUUGGGCGUGGAGGUGGGGGGUGGUUUUGCUGAUAGAUAGAUAGAUAGAUAGAUAGAUAGAUAGAUCUAGAUGGUUGCUAGAUUGUUGCAAGGCAGUCGAAAGUAACAUCACUAAUUGACCCUUUAUUUGCUGCUGUCAGCUAUUUUUUGUUCCUAGAGUGUUGCAAGGCGGUUGCUAGGGUAUUCUGGGUGGUUGCUAGGAUGUUGCUAUGCAGUUUCUAGGGUAAUCCUGGGUGGUUGUUAGACUAUUUCUACGCGGUUACUAGAGCGUUGCAGGGGGAUUCUAGGUGAUCGCUAGAGUAUUGGUAGGGCACUGCUAGGGUUUUUUUAGUCGGUUGCUAGGCAGCUAGGCAGUCUGUUGCUGUGCAGUUGCUAGGCAGUCACUAGGAUGUUCUAGGUUCUUGCUAUGCAGUUGCUAGGGUAUUCGAGGUGGUUGCUAGAGUGUUGCAAGGCAGUCGAACGUAACAUCACUAAUUGACACCUUUAAUUGCUGCUGUCAGCUAUUUUUUGUUCCUAGGGUGUUGCUAGGCAGUUUCUAGGGCAUUCUGUGUGGUUGCUAGGGUGUUGCUAGGCAGUUGGAGUUCAUUUCUAAUUGUCCCUCUAGUAGCUAGGGUGUUUUAGGUGUUUGGUAGAGUGUUGCUAAGCAGUUACUAGGGUAUUUCUGGGUGGUUGUUAGAGUGUUGCUAUAGCAUUACUAGGGCUUUGCUGGGGUGUUCUGAGUGGCCACUAGAUUGUUGGGAGAGCAUUGCUAGGGUUUUUCUAGGCAGUAGCUAGGCUAUUUUAGGUGGUUGAUAAAGUGUUGCUAUGCAGUUACUAGACAGUCGCUAGGAUAUUUUAGGUUGUUGCUAUGCAGUUGCUAGGGUAUUCUGGGUGGUUGCUAGAGUGUUGCAAGGUAGUUGAAAGUAAUAUCACUAAUUGACCCUUUAUUUGCUGCUGUCAGCUAUUUUUUGUUUCUAGGGUGCUGCAAGGCGCAGUUGCUAGGGAAUUCUGGGUGGUUGCCAGGAUGUUGCUAGGUUGUUACCAGGCAGUCAAGGGUCAUCACUAAUUGACCCUUUCAUUGCUGCUUUGCAUUGAUAAGGUUUUUCUAGGCAGUAGCUAGGUUGUUUUAAGUGGUUUAUAGGGUGUUGCUAUGCAGUUGCUAGGCAGUUGGUAGGGUAUUUCUGAAUAGUUAGAGUGUUGCUAUAGAGAUACUAGGGUGUUGCUGGGGUAUUCUGGGUGGUCGCUAGAGUGUUGGUAGGGCACCGCUAGGGUUUUUCGAGGCAGUUGAUAGGCAGCUAGGGAGUCUGUUGCUAAGCAGUUGCUAGGCAGUCCCUAGGAUAUUCUCGGUUCUUGCAAUGCAAUUGCUAGGGUAUUCUAGGUGGUUGCUAGAGUGAUGGAAGGCGGUUGGAAGUAACAUCACUAAUUGACCCUUUAUUUGCUGCUGUCAGCUAAUUUUUGUUUCUAGGGUGUUGCAAGGCAGUUGCUAGGGAAUUCUAGGCGGUUACUAGGGUGUUGCUAUGCAGUUGCUAGGGUGUUGGCAGGCAGUUGAGGGUCAUCAGUAAUUGACCCUUUAAUUGCUACUUUGCAUUGCUAAGGUUUUUCUAGGCAGUAGCUAGGGUAUUUUAGGUGGUUUAUAGAAUGUUGCUAUGCAGUUGCUAGGAUGUUGCUAGGCAGUUGCAAGGGUAUUCGGGGUGGUCGCUAGAGUGUUGCCAGAUCCAUCUAUCUAUCUAUUUAUAUAGAGUGGGUUAUAUGAAUCAUGUACAGUACAACAGUGCUUUAUGGCAGUUUUUGUGUCUAUUCCGCAGCCAUAACCAGCAGUAGCAUUGAUCACUGUGGCUGAUUUAAGAGGGUUUAUGAAGACAUUUAAUCUCUGUGCCAAACUAAAAUUUAAUUAACUAUAUCACCAGUGUCUUUCUAAGUGUCAGAAUUAAAAAAUUCUCAAAUGCUUUGUAAUCUCAAGAAUUCAAGAAUAAACUUGUGCCACAGAAGCAUCACUUCUUACAUUUUAAACACGAGAUCAGGUUGCAAUGUGAAACUCUUGUGCCAUCUGAGAGGAUCUGCUGUCAGAUCUUAAAGGUGCUGGAAGUGAUUCCAGCCAUUCUGCACAUUUGUUUAAGUCUUUAAACCCCACCCUCCAAAGAUAUGGUUGACAGGUGAAGAGUGUUUCUGACUGGCUAAAAUAUGUUUUAUUUUUGUUAUUUUUGGCAGUUCUGUGAUGUCUCACAGCACGUGUUUCACUGAUAUCUGCCAGGUUGUAGUGAGAUUUGUAUUAUUCUGUUAAAAUUAUUGCUUGCAGCACCUUUUUGAGCUUGACAGCCUUUAUCUGACAGUAAUCUUCCUCUCAGCCUGAAUAGUGUUAUUUUAGUGUAUAUAGCAUAUAGAAUAAAUUGUAAAAAGAUCAUCUGCAGCUUGUAGUAUUGCUUUCAAUUAAACUGUCUUUUUGGGACAUUUUUCAUUUGCUUGUGUACAGUUCUGAAUGUACGUUUGCCAUCUUCAUUCCUCAUGUUUGACCAUUUCAAAACAAUCAUUUAUGUGACAGUGGAUUGUCUAGUCCUCAUUUCAGUCAGUUAUUCCAAAACAUGAAACAAAUCUGAUAAAUAUUUAGAUCCAUAUAUAGUUUCCUUCUGCUUUAAACCUCAUUAAAUGAUCCCAUUGGUCAGUCAUACAGAUAGUCCCGCCCCCAAAGUCAUGUCAUUGGCUCAGCCAAAGGUUGACAAAUGACACACAACUUUGAAGUUAUUUUGUUGUUUUCCAGAAAUAUGAGAUGAGAUAAAAUUUUAACUUCCUGUGAUUGUAAACUGUCAACAGGAAGUUUGCAUACCGUUUCUUAUUUCUAUAUAAUAAUGUUUCUCUAACUAUAGCUCAGUUCCUGUAAGUACGCUCCAUUUGCAUAAUGAUUUAUAAAUAUUGAUAAAGAUUUAUUUUUUCAUUGCUUAUAUGUGGUCUAUUUUUUUUUUUCCUUUUUGUUAAGAACAGCAUUACGUCAUGUACACAGACAUUAUUUUUAUUUUUACUGUAACAAAAGCUCCACAAAGGAUCCACAGCGCCGUAAUAAUGAAAUAUCAUUGGUCAAUAAAUGUAUUAUUCAGUCGUCUGCCUAACAGGGUACUGAUGGACAUGUACAUGUUUCAGUCUUGCUCUGAAUCAUGUUGCUUCUUCAAAUCUUUCCUCAUACUGUACUUUAUGCUGUAUGAAACACCUGAAUAUGAUUUGGUUUUGCCUCAUUGAAAGGCUUGUUGAUGGAUACUGUAUAUGUAAGAGACUUUUUGCUGCUUUUUCUAAAAUUAAAUAAACUUAGA